AUGCUUGGUGGAAUAACCAAGGAUGACCAUGCAAUGAGGGACUGUAAAAUAUCCGUGGAAGGUCUGGAAUACAGAGGGAACAUUUCAGUGACUGUUUCCGGUAAAUCAUGUCAGAGGUGGGAUAGCCAGACUCCCCAUCCCCAUGGUUACGCCGAGGAACUUCCGGGGAACGCCAGUGAACAUGAAAAUUACUGCAGAAAUCCAAAAACUUGGAUGGCAGCUACCCCAUGGUGCUAUACAAUGGACCCCGAUACAAGAUGGGAGCACUGUCAUAUUCCAUUCUGUGUGCUAGACUGUAGAAUAACCAGAGAGGGGAUGGAGUACAGAGGAAACAAAUCUACUACUAUUUCUGGAAAGACAUGUCAAAGAUGGGACCGACAGUGGCCAUGGUCUCAUAGUUACACCAACGUGUUGCUUGGUAACGCCAGCAUGCACGAGAAUUUCUGCAGAACCCCGCGGGCUAGGGAGAAAGUUGGGCCCUGGUGCUUCACCACGGACCGCUACAAGAAAUGGGAGUACUGCGAUAUUCCUGUCUGUGAAUGUAGAGACACGAUUAAAGGAGAAGAAUACACAGGCACCAUCUCCCAUGCCGAAAGUGGCCGUGAAUGUGUUAGAUGGGACAGCCUCCGUAAUCAACGACUUUUCUUGUUUCUGUUGGGAAGGUUGUUUUUGCAUGAGAAUUAUUGCAGGAACCUUAAUAAUCGCGAAGAACCUUGGUGUUAUACAGAUCCAUACGUAAAUAAGUUUGGAGCUCGAGAAAAUUGCAACAUACCCAUGUGUUCUCAAAGUAACAAAGAGUGUUUAGACAGCACCAAAGGUCAAUAUUACUUUGGAACUGUCUCUAAAACCGGAGAUGGGAUAGAAUGUCAACGCUGGGACAAAUUACAACCACACAAUCACAGCUUUGUGUAUGGCUUCAUGGGACUCUCCGCCUCUGAACACGAGAAUUACUGCAGAAAUCCCGACAACGAGGAGAGACCGUGGUGUUACACAGUAAACGACACAGUCCGCUGGUCGUACUGUGAUAUUCCGCUAUGUAAUGAAAAGGACUGUAAGGAAACAGAGAGAGGUAUGGAAUAUCAAGGAGAACAAAGCAUCACUCGGGGGGGUAUAGCCUGUCAGCGCUGGGACAGAACCUACCCCCAUGUUCCUGACGACAGGAUCAGUUUCCCGGGCUCUACUCUAUCGCGCCAGGAGAACUACUGUAGAAACCCUACCGGUGAACCCCUCCCCUGGUGCUACACCGUGAGUCGUGACGUACGCUGGCAGACCUGUGAUAUUCCCUUCUGUUUUAACGCUUCCUUUCAGUGUGAUUUUUCGGGAGGAAUGUGUGGUCUAGAACAACCGAGUGAUACUGGGAUGACUUGGCUUUUGAACAAGAAUGAACAAUCUUUACGUUUCCGUCCUCCAAAAAAUGCGUCUAAUUUGCAGUUAUUUAAUUCCACCUUGACAUCACCUCUCUUGCGCUCUACGAGAACGGCAGCCUGUUUGCUGCUGACCUAUCGCAGUGAUGGUAUAGAGCUAGUCCUGACGACGUCCACACAAAAUCUGACAAAAUUAAAAGAAAGCUCUCAGUUUAGAACAGUUAAAGUCAACAUACAUCCUCAGCCAGAUAACUACAAGGUAUUUAUUUCGCCACACAUCGCUGCAUCUUCACUAGCUGGGUCAUCAACAGAAGCAGCUAUUAGAUUUAUGAAGAUUGAAAACGAGCCAUGUACAGAUUGCUUUUCCUGCCUCGAUGACAGAUUAUGUAUUAGGGAAGGAUUUUGUGAUAUGGUACCAGAUUGUCCUGACAACAGUGACGAAAAAAAUUGUGCUUUAGAGUGCUACCACGAAAAUGAGUACAAAGGAUUUCGUACAGAGACAAAGUACCUUCACCAAUGCAUAGCAGCAACAGAAUUGGGAAGAACUUGUAGGUUUGACUUGUUAAGCAAAAGAGCGCCGGGUUGUUUUGUCGACUCCGAAUUUAAAUGGGAGGAAUGUAAUGUCCCAAAAUGUGACACAGGGAAUUUAAUUUGUGACUUUGAACAAGAUUUGUGUGACUGGCAACAAAUGAAAAGCGGAACGAAAUGGAACCGUCAAAUAGCUGAAAACACUGGAGAAAUGUUUGCCUCUGCUGAAAAGAAACAAGGUUUGAGUGGAAGUACGGAGGAGAGGGCCGUUUUAUUCAGCAAACCACAGCCUUCAUCGUUUGGGUGUAUAACAAUGACGUUUUCUGGAGAAAAUGUCAAUUUAAAUGUUUAUAUAACACACGGCACAAUGCUUACCUCGGAUAGGAUGAUUUUUCAGCGACAAAAUGUAAAUUCGAACCUUUUUGCCACAACAAGCUUUCAAACACCUAUCGACAAACCUUAUAUGGUAACAAUUGUUGCAACAUUCCAAGCUAAUGUAACUGGUAUUAUACGACUUGGAAAAAUCAGUUACGAAGACGGAAUUUGUAAAGAUAAGGCUCCUUGUUACAAAACACAGUAUCAAUGCGACGACGGAAGAUGUAUUAACGCUGACCAGUUCUGCAACAAGAAAAAUGAUUGUCCAAACAACGAAGACGAAAAUGUGUGCAAUUACAACAGUACCCAAUGCGUGCAAAUGGAAAAGGGUUGUGUCCUACCUUGCCCCGACCAGUGUGAUUGUGAAGGAGUAGUUUUUAGGUGUCAAUAUCCGGCAAAUGUGACGAGAGAGGUCAGGGUACUUGAUCUCAGUUCAAGCGAUUUCAACACCACGGAAUUAAAAGAUUUCAAUUACCUUUUGCAUUUGAAUUUAUCUGGGUGUUCUAUAGAAGAUUCGUCCCUUCAGGACCUAGGAAAACAAUUACAAUCUCCCAGUCUUCAAACUUUAGAUAUCUCAUUUAAUGGAAUACGAAAUUUGCAACAGGGUACCUUUGAGGAACUUUCAAACACAUUAUAUCUUAAUGUUUCACAUAAUCAAAUCACCGAACUACAUAUGGACUUCCUUGGAGUACUUCCAGAGUUACGGCAUUUGAUUCUUAGAAAUAGCGAAAUAGUGAUGAUUCAUUCGAACGAAAUCUAUAGUAAGUUCAAUUCUAGCCUCGAGUUGCUAGAUUUGAGAAACAAUAAAAUAAAAACAAUUUUUCCAAAAGCACUGCACUGGCUAAGUUCCUUAUCAAAAUUAUUAUUGAGCAACAACUCCAUCACAAAUACUGAUGACUAUUUCUCAAGAUCAAUGAAAAUGCUGGUUGAAGUAGACCUGAGUUUUAAUUCUAUUAGCAAUAUCACAGAUAACAUGUUUUCUGGUUUGAGGAGACUGGGAUACCUUAAUUUACAAAACAACCAGAUACAAGUUUUAAAUGAUUUUUCGUUUUCUACACUGGCAUCUUUACAAACACUUAAUCUUGCUUUCAAUAAAAUCCACACAAUUAACAAAAUGGCUUUUGAGAACAUGGUAUCACUCACCAAAUUGAACCUCACAGGAAACCAGUUAAGAACACUCUCUCCUGCAAGAUUCGUCGCUUUGGUUAAACUUCAGAUAUUGGAUUUAUCAGAUAAUGACAUGACUGUAUUGGAAAGUAAUGCCUUUAAAAGACUAGAAGAAGUUAAAUAUCUAUAUAUUAACAAAAACAAUUUACAAGUGUCCCGAACUAUGUUUCAGGGUCUUUGUAACCUUGAAUGGAUAUGGACAGAUUCUUAUAUCAUUUGUUGUGCCAAACCACUGUCUGUUAAAGCAUCAAAAUGUAUUUCUCCGCGAGACCGAAUCUCGACCUGCGAGCAGUUGAUCAGUGUUGGGUUUUUGGCCCAGAUGAUUUGGUACGUGGCCCUUUUCUCCUUCAUCGGGAACCUUUAUGUCAUAUAUUACCGCAUCAGAAAUACCAGCAAAGGAUGGAAUAAUGCACAUGGAAUCUUUGUUUUAAACCUAAGUUUUUCCGAUUUAUUAAUGGGAAUUUACUUGUUCAUUAUUGCAGUGGCAGACAUGAAAUACCGUAAUGAGUAUGGUUUUAACGAUAGUCAGUGGAGAUCGAGUACAACCUGUACCGUGGCUGGCUUACUUGCAACAGUUUCCUGUGAAGCAUCAGUGCUUUUCGUAUCUUUAAUAACUUUGGAACGAUUUCUAGCCUUAAAAUAUCCAUUUUCUACCGAAUUCCUGAGAAAGAAGAAACAGAAAUUCGUUAUUUCAGUGAUAGUAUGGCUUAUGACUAUCUUUUUAGCAGCGUUUCCUAUCUCGGUUUACCCAGACUUCUAUAGCAGAUCUACAGUUUGUAUCUCUCUUCCGUUAACAGCUGAGAGGGUAGCUGGAUGGGAAUAUGCGACCUUUGUUUUUAUAGGGUUUAACUUAAUGAUAUUCAUUGCUGUAGUGGUUGGCCAGAGUUUGAUUUUUGUCGAGGUGAAGGUCAGCGGAAGUGCCUUACAAAAAGACAACCGGAAGCGAGAAAUGGCAGUGUUAAAAUCCCUCUCUUAUGUCGUCCUGUCGGACAUGUGCUGCUGGAUCCCUAUUAUAUUGAUUGGAAUCAUGGCGCACGGCGGGAUGGAGAUUUCGUUCGAUGUUUAUGCCUGGGUAGUUGUUCUGGUGCUGCCACUUAAUUCAGCAUUGAAUCCAUUCAUUUACACGUUUAUUGUGAUCUACAGACAGAUAAGGGAAUCACAAAGGAGCCAAAAUAUCUCCAUGGAUGAUAGAAAAACUGGACGAUCCCCCAGCAGGAACCCGACAUCAGUUUCGGAAAGGAAAAUUUAAUAUCGUUUUUAUCUGAAAAUAAUAGACACAAAGAUGUAUCAUUUAAAUGAACUUAUAUGUUGCAAUAAAAUGGCUCCCCCUA